AUGCCUCCAGCUGGUGGAACAUUAUCCGCCCCAGUGAACGUGCUUCGAGAUUGGGUCGACAGAGGUGGCUCGGAGGACACAUCUGCCUACGUGGACACACAAGACUCAGAGCCUCAGUCCCACUCUCUUCCGAGACUUGAGGUGCGCUCUUCAGCUGGCAAAGGCCUGGGUCUCUUCACGUGCGAGCAUAUACCGGCGUAUACCCGGGUCGUUGACGACGAUGCCUUGCUCAGUCUUGGACCAAAGGAGAAUUUACCGGAGCUAUGGCGAAAGUACCUUGCGCUCCCACAGGAGGACCGGCAGUGUUUCGAAUCCUUGAGCGUUCAUGAGAACCAAACCUCGAAGGAAGAGGAUCAGAUUGUGAAGCUCAAACAACGGGGCUAUGCCGAGGAUGAGGCAAGGAAGAUGUCUCAAGUAUCUUCCAAGUACCUUUCAAACGCUUUCAACACCGAAGACAGGACGGCCCAUGGAGGAUUAGGAGGCCAGCAAGGGAGUCGCUGGUCAAGUGCUCUCUUCCCAACCAUCGCGCGGAUCAACCACAGCUGUGUGCCAAACUGUCAUCCACACUAUAACCUGCUGAGCGGCGCUGAGGUUCUAUAUACUCUACGCGACAUCGAGGUUGGUGAAGAGCUAAGCAUUUCCUACUUUGACAUGACCUCACCGUUCGCUACUCGACAAGCGCGAGCAAAGUCUUGGGGGUUCACCUGCUCAUGUACAGCUUGUGGACGUCAAGGCAGCUUUGCAAGUGGGGAGUAUGAAGGGAAAUUGGCUCUGGUGCACCAUGUUGUUGAGACGCAGGUCAGCUUUAUGAAGACAAACACCCCGGCAGAGGACGUCGAGACUGCGAACCGCGCCAUUGAGAUUGCUUCCGACCCUGACCUUCCCUGGCUCGUGGCGAGCCUUCCGGUGUUGCACAAGACCCUUGCCCUGCGGCUUCAGAAGGCGAACGAGUGGGAUCCAGAGCGCUUUGGUGCGCAAUUCGCAAGUGUUCAAUCGAUAUUUCAAGAGGCACUGAAGUGGGAGCUCAGAACCAAGGGAUCGCAGACGCUACAACGUACCGAUCGGAGAUAA